AUGGUUCAUAUAGGACUAUUCAACACAGCACCAGGGCAGUCAGAGAAUCUAACCCAAGCUUGUGGAACUCCAGGGUAUGUAUCUCAUGAACUCCUCAACCAGAAGUACGGCAAAGAAACAGAUCUGUGGAGCCUUGGUGUGAUCACUUACACCAUGCUAUGUGGGUACCCUCCCUUUUACAGUGAGUCCAUUACCGGGUUGUUCAACGCCAUCAAACGGGGGAAAUACAAUUUUGAUACUUCCCAUUGGGAUGGUAUCUCGAGCUUGGCAAAGGAUUUUAUAAACAAGUUGCUGAGAAUCAAUCCAAAGAAACGGAUGUCAGGUGAACAAGCGUUAGAUCAUCCAUGGAUAAGAAAGUACACAGCUGAGGAUGAAUCAGAAGGAGAAACAACCAAAUCAUCCAGUUAA